UAAUGACAGUGUAACUUACAAUGUGACAGAUGGUGUCAUAGGAAGUGUCACAAAAGCCACUGCAACAAGGAUCAGUGCAGUAAUUGGUUCCUGUCCUCUUGUCCUUUAAAAGAUAAAAGCUCCAUUCAUGUUGUAGUGUGCGGUCAGGCUGACCUGCCUCCAUAAAAGCCCUUUCAGAUGAUGGAUUAGAGCGAGUAUAGAAAAAAGACAAAUGAGAAAGAAAACAAAACACAAAACAAUCCAAAAAAAUAAAAAUACCAAGAAAGUGAAAAGUGCAUCAAAAGCACGGCGCAUGUGAACGCUCUUUCCCUUUCAUGUGGAUUUUGUUCAAAUCUGGACAGGCAAAAAGAAAAAGGAAAAAAGAAAAGUUGAAUUUACAAUGGCUCUUCACAACUAAGACCUGUAUCUAAGCAACAGACAGGUUUAAAAGCCAUGCAAGAGUGAAGAGAAGCACAAGUCCAUCUGCCGAGAUCUCUGUAACUUUCAUCUGAUAGGAUGAUGUGGUUUAAGUGAAUCUUCACAAAGUGUCAGGAUGGAGUUACAGACCAUGUCUGAAGUCAUGGCUGCAGUGGAGGGUAACAGAUUAGGUGUGAUAUUAGCAUUACUGUUGCUUGUACUGCUGAUUUCACUUACAGCCUACAAUAGAGGAAACAAAUCUACCUUACCAGGUCCCUACUGGUUACUGGGUCUUGGCCCUAUUCUAAGCUAUUCUAGGUUUCUGUGGAUGGGUAUCGGAACCGCCAGCAAUUACUACAACAAUAAAUAUGGGUGUAUGACUCGGGUUUGGAUCCAGGGAGAGGAGACACUCAUUCUAAGCAAGGCAUCUGCUGUGUACCAUGUCCUGAAGAGCAGUAAUUACAUUGCCAGAUUUGCUAGUAGACAUGGAUUGAGGUGCAUCGGUAUGGAUGAACAAGGCCUUAUCUUUAACAGCAACAUCCCGCUUUGGAAAAAACUACGAACUUAUUUUGCCAAAGCCCUGUCAGGCCCUGGUCUGCAGAAGACAGUGGGUGUGUGCGUUAGUGCCACCAACAAGCACUUGGAUGUCCUGUGGGAUUUCACGGACUCCUCAGGUCAUGUGGAUGCUCUGAACUUCCUGCGCUGUGUAGUGGUCAACGUCUCCAACAGACUCUUCCUCCAAAUUCCUAUCAACGGUACUCCUGAUAAUUACAGAAUACAUAGGUGUAAAUACCCAGAACUGAUCGUAGACUUUAAUAUAUACGUUUAUAUUUUAAAUAUAUCCUUUCUUUUGGCAGAGAAAGAUUUGCUACUGAAGAUCCAUAAAUACUUUGACACUUGGCAAAAAGUGCUCAUCCAGCCAGACAUUUUUUUCUGCAUAGACUGGGUGUAUAAAAAACAUCAACAAGCAGCAAAGGAGCUGCAGGAGGAGAUGGGGAGACUUGUGGAGCAGAAGCGUAAAGUCAUCAAUGCCAGUGAAAAACUGGAUGAGACUGACUUUGCAACCGAGCUGAUAUUUGCUCAGAAUCAUGGAGAGUUGUCAGAAGAUGACGUGAGGCAGUGUGUGUUGGAGAUGGUAAUAGCGGCACCGGACACUCUGUCCGUCAGUCUGUUCUUCAUGCUGGUGCUGUUGAAGCAGAAGCCAGCAGUGGAGCAGCAUAUACUGCAGGAGAUGCAUAAUGUCCUAGGCAUACGGGAGAUGGAGCCGGCGGACCUGCAGAAGUUGUCAGUGAUGGAGAGAUUUAUAAAGGAGUCACUGCGGUUCCAUCCUGUGGUGGACUUCAUCAUGAGGAGAGCGCUAGAAGACGACCACAUUGAAGGCUACAGAGUGGCCAAAGGGACAAACAUCAUUCUGAACAUUGGACAGAUGCACAAGAGCACUGAGUUCUUUCAGAAAGCCACUGAAUUCACUUUGGAAAACUUUGAGAACAAUGUGCCGAGUCGUUUCUUCCAGCCGUUCGGCUGUGGGCCACGUGCCUGUGUGGGGAAGCACAUAGCUAUGGUGAUGAUGAAAGCCAUACUGGUGACGGUUCUGUCACAGUAUACAGUGUGUCCUCAGCCCGGCUGCACCGUCAGCACCAUCAGACAAACCAACAUCCUGUCACAGCAGCCCAUAGAGGAGGACACACAAAGCCUGCUCAUGAGGUUCAUACCACGCAACCUGAACCCAGAAAAACAAUAAGCAGCCUCCGGAAUGCACAUCAUCUUUAAAAUGCAGCAGGGGCUGAAAUAAUUAUGAUUACACAGCAGCCUCAUUAAUUCAAUCUGACUAAAUGUGUCUCAAUAAUUUGUAGAUCAACAGAAAUGGAAAACUGGAAAACUAAACAAUUAAGGUGACAUGAUUAUCACUCAGUAGCUUGAAACAAGAACAUAAAUAAGUGAACUAAAUCAAUUAUUUAAUUUCUGUUGGAAACACAUUUGUGUUAAACACUUUCCAAUUUUCUCACAGGUAUAACCUUUUAGAACGUAAAAGUUUUUAGGUUUCUUAAAUUCCAGACUAAGUGAAGUUACAAGUUACUGCACUUUUCUUCCUAGUGUUUCUUUUUAAUGCAACACAAAUAUAAACUCUUUCAGAUUAUUAUUAAAUAAGUAGAUCUGGAACUUAUUAUAGAAGUUAUUCACAAUAUAAACUUUUUUUGCGUACCACA